AUGGGCAAGGAGGACCUGGCGCUGACUCUGCUGCGUGCCAGGUUCCGCCAUGGCUGCGCGCUGGCGGCCAUCGUAGCGCUUGCCGCGGCGGCGGCUGUGCCGAGCGUGGUUGAUGGGUCGUCGUCGUGCGACCUGUUCCAGGGGAGAUGGAUCGCCGACGCGUCGUACCCUCUGUACGACGCGGCGAGCUGCCCCUUCGUGCCCGACGUCUUCGACUGCCGCCGCAACGGCCGCCCGGACGCCACCUACCUCAAGUUCCGGUGGAGCCCCGCCGCCUGCCGCCUCCCAAGGUUCGACGGGCUGAGCUUCCUGGAGGCGUGGCGCGGGAAGACGGUGAUGUUCGUGGGGGACUCGCUGAGCAUGAACCAGUGGGUCUCCCUCGCCUGCAUGCUCCACGCGGCCGCGCCCGAUCCCGCCCGCGUCUCCUCCACCACCGGCGACCCCGUCUCCUCCGUCCGCUUCGAGGACUACGACCUGUCGGUGGUGCUCUACUUCAGCAGGUUCCUGGUGGACGUGGUGCAGGAGGACGUCGGCCGCGUCCUCAAGCUGGAUUCGAUGCAGGGCGCGGAGUCCUGGCGCGGCGCCCACCUGCUCGUCUUCAACACGUGGCACUGGUGGACCUACAAGGGCGCCAGCCAAGUGUGGGACUACAUGCAGGAGGGAAACACGACGUACAAUGACAUGGACCGGCUCGCCGCCUUCUCCAAAGGCCUCGCCACAUGGGCAAGCUGGGUCGACGCCAACGUCGACGCAUCGCUCACUAGGGUCAUCUACCAAGGCGUCUCCCCAAGCCACUACACGUCCAAGGAGCAGGAGAGCGACGGGGCGGCGCCGGCGACAGGGGGCUGUUUCCAGCAGACACGGCCGCGGCAGGUGGCCACGGACGGGGACGAGAGGGUGUUCCCGGAGCAGGUCGUCGUGCGGGGUCUGAUCGCGUCCAUGUCGACGCCGGUGUCCCUGCUGGACAUCACGUCGCUCUCGCAGCUCAGGAUCGACGCGCACCCGUCGGUGUACGGCGGGCCUGGCCGGGACGGCAUGGACUGCACGCACUGGUGCAUCGCCGGCCUGCCGGACGCGUGGAACCACAUCCUCUACGCGAUGCUGCUGCAGGGCACAUGA